ACUUGGGUCAGGUCGCGGAAGGGUGUUGAGUGUGUCUGCGCAAGCGUUUAAGCCCCAUGGACAGCAACCGCGUGCCAGUCUCGUUUGCGACCGUUCAGAGCAUAAUGCUCUCCUCUCAUUAUUGACCGGAGGAGCUCCCGUUAUCAGCAACAGCAAACAGACGACUCACUUUUGGAUUUGAUCCAGCCUUUAUUCAUGCAGGUUAGUCUCGAUGAAAAUAGGUAGGCUAAGUAAAAAAAUUACAUUUACUCGACAUGACAGAGAUGUCCGUGGAAGGCAACCUACUCUACAUUUCAAGCGGAUUUACCUGAUCUCCUGCCCAGAACUUUCCUCAUCAGGGAUAUGAACAUCAAGCCGCUCUCCGAGGGCUGACUCCCUCUCCUCCUCUGUCCGCCGGCGUUGGAUCCUCCAGGGUCGGGUUGCUAGUUGGCACAAGUACAUUAUACAUGUUUUGAAAUGGGGUGAAACCAGAAGGUACCUGAACUUAUCCAGGUCAUCUAUAUUUAACCAGGACAGUCCACUUGUCAACAACCGUGACUGUUUUCCGGGGAGCAGCCUAUUUUUGUUUUUCCGUUUAAAAAAGUUUUGCUGCCAACCCGUGUCCUGACUGACUGAAGCCGACUUAGGAGGGCAGACAGGCGGACUGGUCUUCAGGAGGAUGCCUGGGCAGGAUGUGUUCCAGCCGGAAAAUUCUGUGGAGCCUGCUGCUGCUGUCAGUGUUGGAGGUGGGGCUGGGGGUCUCCAGUAUCGUCCUGGGAGCCGUUGGGCUCAGCCGGGUCAGGGAGGAACACAAACCACAGCAAGGAGAUGCUUCACCUAUCUGGAGCGGCCUGUGUUUUCUCAUCUGUGGGAUGUGUGGAGUCCUGUGUGCUAGGAAGAGGACUGGACUCAUCAUGAUUCUGUUCUCAGCCUGCUGUAUCUGUGGUCUGAUUGGAGGGAUUCUCAACUUCCAGUUCGUUCGGGCGUUGGCACGACGACCGGACUCUCUCCGCUCGCUACACCUGGCAGCCAUGACCAUUGCCUGCCUGGGUAUCUCUUCCUGUACUCUCUCUACCUGGUUGACCUGUCGUCUGGCCAGUUCAGAACAACAGAGGAUGUUUCUGGAGAGAGAACACUCACUGCACCACUCACAUGAGAUGGCUGAGAAGGAACCAUACACACACGGAUCUUUUGAGAUCCUGGACAACUCCAGCAACGGGAUUCCCCAGAUCUCCUACAACAGCAACACCACCUCUCUUUGACAACAGACACACAUUGUUGCCCUGACAACAGACACACCUUGUUGCCCGGACAAUGGAUACACCUUGUUGCCCUGACAAUGGACACACCUUGUUGCCCUGACAAUGGACACACUUUGUUGCCCUGACAAUGGACACACCUUGUUGCCCUAACAAUGGACACACCUUGUUGCCCUAAUAACAGACACACCUCGUUCUGCUGACCAUGGGGUGGUAUCAUCCAACAGAGCUGAGCAGCACUAUUACACAGUUGUGUGUGGAGAACUUCAGCACAGAAAUGAACGCUCUUCUUGGACAAGUUGUUACUAGUUGUGAUAGUCCUAACAGACAGUCACAUGACCUCAUGUGCAUGCAAUCAAUUUGUAAUCUCUCUCUCUCUAUCUCUCUCUCUCUGGCUAUAUGAAUGCAGGUAUACUGUGUUUGAAGGAAAAAUGCUAUAGCUAUCUGAUGUAGAGCAGAAUAUGGAAUGCUUUAAAAAUUAUAAAUGCAACCAACGAUGCAAACUGAAUAUCAGUGGUGGCCAACCAUCCUCCUGGAGAGCUACUGGGUUUGCAGGCUUAUGCUCCAGCCCUGCUCUAACACACAUAAUUAAGUUAAUCAAGAUCCUGGAGACUGAACACCAAGCUCUCAAGGAGGUGGGUUGGCUAACCCUGCUGUAUAUUCAUGCUUGUAUAUCAGGAAAACAAACUUUAUCUAUGGAGUGACAAUAUGUUUCUUUAGGCUUCAAUAAAACACACAUAAAACUCUGUAAA